AUGAUACCAUUAAUAUACAUAUUAUUACCGGACAAAAAUGAGCAAACUUAUAUUAAUGUUUUGACGUUGCUGAAAAAUCGUAUGCCUAAUUUAAACCCCAGAUGCAUUAUGAUAGAUUUUGAGAAAGCCUUUAUAAACGCGUUCAAAUUAGUUUUUCCUCAGUCCGAAGUGAGAGGUUGUCUAUUUCAUUAUAAUCAAGUCGUUUGGAGAAAAUUACAGUCCUUAGGGAUGCAGGGUUCGUAUAAUUCAGACGUACGUUUUGCUUUGAAUAUAAGAAUGUUAUUGGCUCUAGCAUUCGUACCUAUUCAUGAUGUUGGUAAUGCAUUCAGUAAACUUGUUGAAAGUCAAUUUUUCGUUGAUAAUGAAGUUGAGCUUCGCCGCUUACUCGAUUACUUCGAACGUAGUUGGGUGGGAGUUUUAUCACGAAGUGGUAAGAAACGUUUGAAGCCUCAAUAUGAAAUAAGCCUAUGGAAUUGUUACAAUGCAGUAAUUAAUGAUGAAUUACGUACUAACAAUGCUAUUGAAGGAUGGCAUAAUUCCUUCAAUAACAAAGUACGUGUUAUUCAUGCAAGUAUAUGCCGAUUUUUGAAAGCCAUCGUAAAUGAGCAAAGUAUUACUGAAAGUUUGAUCACGCAAGCUAAUACUGGGCUUGGAAUUGCAUCAAAGCGUAGAAGACAGUACUCUAAUAUUAAUGCUCGAUUGAAAAAUAUUGUGUCUUCAUAUGACCCUAAUAAGCAAGUUCAAUACUUACACGAUAUAGCUGCUAUUCUUACGUUGUAG